AUGGAGUUGGAUUAUAGUCUUUCAAACCUCGCCAGAGCCAUUGAGGCAGUAAAAAAGAGCGCAAGCCAGCAGGAACAGGAAAAGUUACUGCCGUAUAUAGAAACUGAAGAUAGAGUAAAUCUGGUAUUUCAGAGACUGCAGGAAGAGGAUUCACUUGGAAGAUUUUACUGCUUAAUUCUUUUACAAAAGAGUCUCAGUAAGAAUCGAACAGAGCCCGAGCUAGAUGCUUUUUUAGACAGAGUUCAGUAUUUAAUAGAGUCUAUUAAUUUCACAAGUCCAUUGGAGAUAUCAAAAAUAUCUUCUCUGUACUCAACCACUGCGUUGUUUUACUGGCCUGUAAAAAUGCCACACUUCAUUGGGACACUCCACUCUCUUAUAAUGAGCAGAAGUAAUCUGUGCAUGCCGGUACUCAAAAACUUUCUGCAGCUUGUUAGCGAUUCACUUGAAAUCACAGAAGAGCGGCGGUAUGAGCUUAAAAAGUCAAUUGGCAAAAUAGAAAACGACCUUAUGCAGAAGAUAUGUGUGUAUGGCAGUAAAGUAGACACACUUGAGCUGGUGCUUCUAAUGAAUCGAAUUGACAUAAUUAACGAAAGCAUUUUUGUGCAGAUAUUUAAAGAUGUUAAUAGCGCUAGUGAGAUAUCACAGUUUUUGCCGUUCUUCAUUGAAAACAUCAACAUACACAACAAUGGAAAUAUAUUUUAUACGGUGCUAUCGUACUUAUGUUCUGCAAACAGCAUGCUUUCAAUCGAUUUCAUUAGCAAUAACAUAAACAUACUUGAAUCAACCGACAACAAAAACGUUCUUUUAGUGUACAAGAUAGUCACCGACGCAGUGCAGCACAUUGAUGUGUUUUCAGCUGAAGAGGUGGAUGUUAUCUUCAAAGUGUUUUUAAAGCUGAUUAAAAACUACUUUAAAGAUAAGAACUUUAAGGACUUUAAAGACCUCUCAAUCAUUGUGCCCAUUGACUACAACACAUACAUUAUGAACAUAGUCAACACUGCAAGCAAAUUUGGGCCUGAUGUAGAUGAAAGCAAGUCCAUAACAGAUUCAAUGAUAGGCAUAAUAGGCCUCCUCUCUGGAGAAAUGCGGGAGGAAUCAACUGCUUUGUUUAGAAAGUAUUAUGUAACACUCCCGGUCAAUGUGCUGGAGGUGCUUAUCAAGAGUAUUUUAUAUCCAACGCCGACAGGCAAUCCAUACUUAGACUUAAAGCAGUGUGUUUCUUUCAAGAACUAUGGAGAAAUACUCCGUCUAUCACAGGAAAUAGAAAUGAAAACUGCCAAGGAGUGCACGGCUGUAAAAGAAGGACUAGAAAUUCUCUUUGCAGAAGGCCUUAUGUCCGCAGAGCAAGGGAUCGAGCUUUACAAGAAAUGUCUAGCAACCAAUAAUUAUUAUAGUAUUGACCUUGCAGUAGCCAUUGGUGUAAUUCUAAACAGAGAUGACCUUAUUAUAAACUCUGUGCAGGACUUUAAAGGGAAGGGCAUUAUUGCAUUUAUCAGUGUAGUUGAAAAAUGCAGCAGACUUGUUUUUAAGCUAUUUGAGCAGUUUAAGAUUCAUCUUCUUGCAAAACCUGGCGACAUGAUAAAUGAAAUAGAGGCAAUUACCAAGCUGCUUGAAAUAGAAACCUCACGCGUGAAGGGCAGCAGCCAGUACAAGGUUGAUGCAAUUGAUGUUUUCGGUAGAGAAAUACUUGAAAAAAUAUUCUUGCGGGUGGAGGUAGGGCCUAUUGUAGAAAUUCGAAAAAUAGUGAAGCUCCUCUCUUAUCUGAAGGAUAGAGUACACGAGGCAUUUAUACAGAAGCUCUGGGCCAGAAUGAAAUCUGAGCUGGACAAGCAGAUCUCAUCUGAUGCAUAUGAAAACAACCACGCAAUACAGAAUAUCAUUAGCAUCACAGCAGCAGAGUGUAAAUCAGCACAAGAGGCACAAGUUUUAUAUGAGAUAGUAGAAAAUGAUGAAUACUCUGCCAGGGGUGUACUCUCUGGAGUAAAAGGUGUUUUGUCUGAGGUACAAAAGAAUGAAUAUUAUGGGCAGGUGCUAAGUGCAAUGAUAGGUGUUCUAGUAAAUGUGUAUGUAUCCCACUCUGAUGAGAACACACGCGCCACUGUUGUAGGAUUAAUAAUAGAGAAAGAAGAGAGAAUCCAGGCAAUGGAAAUGAUGUACCAAAUAAACCUAAGCGAGGUAUAUGCAGCAAAAGAAAAAAGACCCGUGAUGAAAAAGGUCCUUAGACAGAUUGAAGGUAUGAACGAGAAGCAGGGCGCACUCUUGAAAAAGCCCAAAAAAAUUGAAGUCAGUGAAGAUCGGUGGAGUGAAAUAUCAACUCCUUUCAUGUAGCUGCUCGCAUUAAUAAACCGGCA